GAAAGAAAUGUCUAUGCAUGUUAUUAUUAGUUACAGGAAAAGGAGCUACUUAUCCUGAAAGGAAGCAGGUUCAUGGAGAGCAGCCAUUAUCUGAGAAUGUAACACUCAACAUUGUUCCAUGGCUUCACAUUGCUUCCUUCGUUAUUCUUCAUCCUCAUUUCUCCUAAACCCCAAAUUCAGAAGCCCUCCAAAAUCCCCUUAUUACCCUUCCGUCUUCUCGCGAAUUCCGACCCCAAAAUCCGACAAUGACGACAACAAAGACGACAACCACAAAACCCCAAGCCACAACCGCUUCGACUUCCUCAAACUCUCCGUAACCCUUACCGUCAUCUCUGCCUCCCUCCCCCAACACGCCGCCGCCGCUGCCGCCGUCACCAAGGGCAAGAAACGCUCUUCCAAAAAGCAGUCCGCCAAAAAAUCCGAAGCUCUCUCGCCGGAGGAGCUUAAAACAUGGUCUCGAGGGCUUCCCGUGGUCUCCGAUCGCCUUCCCUACAGCGAAAUCGUCGAGCUCAAGAAGGAUGGGAAGCUGAAGCACAUAAUCAAACUUAUUUCUGCGAAAUUGAGGCAGCGCAGCGAAGCGGUUCUGGUUGUUUUGGAUGAUUCAAGAGUGUUGAGGACAGUGUUGCCUUCGGUUGAGAGUCACAGGGAGUUUUGGGACUCAUGGGAUGCGUUGAAGAUUGAUUCAGUGUGUGUGAACGCAUACACACCGCCCAUUAAGAGGCCGGAGUGGCCUUCUCCUCUGUUGUCAAACAUUUACUUGCCCCCUUUUUUGCAGAAAUUCCUUUUUGGCAGUCCUGAAGAUAUCGAAACAAAGCCCAAAAAGGAGUCGAAGAAGGCUGCGGAGUAUAGAAAAAUGAGGAUGGACUUGAAGAGGGAGAAGGAAGAGGACCUGAGGAGGUUGAGGCAAGAGAGGGAGACCACGGAGAGGAAUAUUAAGGCUCAGAAGAAGGAGGAGGAGAGGAGAAGGAGGAGGGAGAUGAAAAAGAGGAGGUACCGGGAAUCGAUGCGCCAGGCGAGUGAUCGGAACGAGAGAAUGGCCUAUUUUUGGUCCGAUUUGGCUAACAAUAGCAAUGUGGCUAAUGCACUUGGGGUGCUGUUCUUCUACAUUUUUUACCGGACUGUGGUGCUUAGUUAUAGGAAGCAUAAGAAAGACUAUGAGGACAGGCUCAAGAUCGAGCAGGCUGAGGCCGAGGAGAGGAAGAAGAUGAGGGAGUUGGAGAGGGAGAUGGAGGGGAUUGAGGAUGAUGAUGAGGAGAUUGAGCAGGGGAAAGGGGAGGAGAAUAAUUAUUUGAAAGUGGCAAAGCAGUUUAUGAGAUCAGGAGCGCGUGUGAGGCGAGCACAGAACAGAAGGCUUCCUCAGUAUCUAGAGAGAGGCGUGGAUGUCAAAUUUAGUGAUGUUGCAGGUUUGGGUAAAAUUCGGCUUGAACUUGAGGAGAUUGUCAAGUUCUUUACUCAUGGAGAGAUGUACCGAAGGAGGGGAGUGAAAAUACCAGGUGGCAUACUUCUCUGUGGACCCCCUGGAGUGGGAAAGACAUUGCUGGCCAAGGCAGUGGCUGGUGAGGCAGGGGUUAAUUUCUUCUCUAUUUCUGCUUCACAGUUCGUGGAAAUAUAUGUUGGUGUUGGGGCUUCUCGUGUCCGUGCACUUUACCAGGAAGCCAGAGAAAAUGCCCCAUCUGUUGUCUUCAUUGAUGAGCUGGAUGCAGUUGGAAGGGAGCGUGGCUUGAUUAAAGGUUCCGGUGGACAGGAACGUGAUGCUACUCUUAAUCAGCUCCUGGUGUGCUUAGAUGGGUUUGAAGGAAGGGGAGAGGUGAUAACCAUUGCAUCGACAAACCGACCAGACAUUCUGGAUCCUGCACUUGUGAGGCCGGGCAGGUUUGAUAGGAAAAUAUAUAUCCCCAAGCCUGGAUUAAUUGGACGCAUAGAAAUUCUACAGGUCCAUGCUCGUAAAAAGCCAAUGGCUGAAGAUGUGGAUUACAUGGCUGUUGCUAGUAUGACUGAUGGAAUGGUUGGUGCAGAGUUAGCCAACAUAAUUGAGGUUGCUGCCAUCAAUAUGAUGCGUGACUCGAGAACUGAGAUUACUACUGAUGACUUAUUGCAAGCUGCAAACAUGGGAAGAGGAAUGCUAGAUAAAAGGAAGAAGCACCGAGACUGGAAACAAGUAGCUAUAAACGAAGCUGCAAUGGCUGUCGUGGCUGUGACUUUCCUGAAUCUUAAAAAUAUAGAGUUUGUCACAAUUGCUCCUAGAGCUGGUAGGGAAUUGGGCUAUGUUCGGGUGAAGAUGGAUUCAGUCAAAUUUAAUAAUGGAAUGCUCACUCGGCAAUCCCUCCUUGAUCAUAUUACAGUUCAACUGGCUCCACGUGCAGCUGAUGAACUUUGGUUUGGGAGCAGUCAGUUGAGUUACGAUUGGGCUGAAACUGCAGACAAUGCUAGGUCUGCAGCAAACGUUGUUCUUGGUGGGCUUUCCGAGAAGUAUCAUGGAAUGUCCAACUUCUGGGUGUCUGACCGAAUUAAUGUAUGGAUUAUAUAUGAUUCGGACGAAUGCGAAUUCUGACUCCUAUGUUAUGAACGAGCAAAAGAGAUCCUUGAGAAAAAUAGAAGGCUGAUGGAUGCUAUAGUGAAUGAACUGGUUGAGAAGAAAAGCUUAACCAAACAAGAGUUCUUCCGUCUAGUAGAUUUGCACGGCUCCCUUGCAAUGCCUCCCACAUACUUUGACAUACGAUUGCCCAAGUGUAAGAAUUCCAAAAAUUGAUGGAUAGUGGAAAGGAAGCAAGUUUGAGUAGCCACGCAUAAGAAAUUGCAGAUUUUGGGAAUAUUUUCUACUGUAUGAACAUUUACUAUACCUUCUUUUUGUAUUAUAUUACAUUCUUUACCACAAGUCCUUACAGAGUAUGGACAUAAUUUUGUUGGAUCUUUAGAGAGUUAGCCUUUGCCAGAACGUAAUUCUAUUUUCUUUUUUGGUUUACUUGGAUUUUGUUAUAUUGAUGGUUCUUUUUAUUGAGUUUUCUGUGUUA